GCCCCUUCGGGUGGGCGUGAGGGCGAGGACGGAGGGAAGGUCGCGCGGCGGCUGAGGCGGCUGAGGCGGCGCCUUUCCCGCCCGGGCCUGUCUGAGGGGCCGCCGCCGCCGCCGCCUCCUCCUCCAUGGCCGGGGUGGUGCGCUCCCUGGGCCGCUGCCUCUGGCCGGCGGCGGGCGGCGACCCCGAGGCGGCGGCCGGGCCGAUGGAGCCGGGCAAGGAAGGCGGCCUUCUCCCUCCCGCUGUUCCUCCUCCUCCUUCUUCCUCCUCCUCGCUCCGCCGUCGGGAGCUGGAGCGUGAGGCGCGGCGCCGGAGCCGCGAGAUCGACGCGCUGCUAGCCCGCGAGCGCCGCGCCGUGCGCCGCCUGGUGCGGAUCCUGCUGCUGGGCGCCGGCGAGAGCGGCAAGUCGACCUUCCUGAAGCAGAUGCGCAUCAUCCACGGGCGCGAGUUCGACCAGAAGGCGCUGCUCGAGUUCCGCGCCACCAUCUACGAGAACGUCCUCAAGGGCUGCAGAGUUCUAGUCGAUGCACGGGACAAACUCGGCAUUCCUUGGCAAUACGCGGAAAAUGAGAAACAUGCCAUGUUCCUAAUGGCCUUUGAAAAUAAAGCAGGCAUGUUCGUUGAACCCUCCAUGUUUCAGCUGUACGUACCAGCUCUGACCGGCCUGUGGAAGGAUUCUGGGAUCAAGGAAGCUUUCAGCCGUCGAAGUGAAUAUCAACUGGGUGAAUCAGUAAAAUAUUUCCUGGAUAAUCUGGAUCGGAUUGGCCAGUUGAAUUAUUUCCCCAGUAAACAAGACAUCUUACUGGCUAGAAAAGCGACCAAAGGAAUCGUGGAGCAUGACUUCAUCAUUAAAAAGAUCCCUUUCAAAAUGGUGGACGUGGGUGGACAGAGGUCUCAGCGCCAAAAGUGGUUCCAAUGUUUUGAUGGCAUAACCUCUAUACUGUUUAUGGUCUCCUCCAGUGAAUACGACCAAGUGCUCAUGGAAGACCGGCGCACAAACAGACUAGUGGAGUCCAUGAACAUCUUUGAGACCAUUGUCAACAACAAGCUCUUCUUCAACGUCUCCAUCAUUCUGUUUCUGAACAAAAUGGACCUCCUGGUGGAGAAGGUCAAGACGGUCAGCAUCAAGAAAUAUUUCUCAGACUUCAGAGGUGAUCCUCACCGUCUGGAAGACGUCCAGCGCUAUCUGGUACAAUGCUUUGACCGGAAGAGGCGGAAUCGCAGUAAGCCCCUUUUCCAUCACUUCACAACCGCCAUCGACACCGAGAACAUCCGCUUUGUUUUCCACGCGGUGAAGGACACCAUCCUUCAGGAGAACCUUAAGGAUAUAAUGUUGCAGUGAGUGAAAAGGGAAUUCUCUCUCUGGAAACCUAGCCCGUUGUAGGCCCUUUGCUAUGUGUCUUUUCUUGCAAGAGCCAUGCUGUGCCUUGAGUUAGGAAAGCUGAGCAGGAGAAGCAGAAGUAGAAGAAUGGCAGAAGUUUAUGUGAGCUCCUGCAUCGGUCAACUCAAAACACAAGGAUACGAUGUUUCCUCUUGGCUUUUGGAAACCCUCGUGGCGAAAUGGCAACCAAGGUGUCUGCGUGAAUUAAUCUUAUUCUACGACAAUGCCAGAAUGUUCUGGCUUCCAUACCUGUCAGCCUUAAACUAGUUUUGGGUGCUGAAAUAAUGAAUUCAGUAACAUAGUUCACUUCUUCACUGGGGGUUCUUUUUAAGAGAAUACAUUGCAAUACAUUGUUAUAAUUCAAAGAUUAAUAUAGGAGCCAGGGUAUAUACAAGAGGUUCGCCAACAUUUGGAUUGUAUUUGCAACUGGUUGUCUUAGCUCUAGCUUAAGGAAUCUGUCUUCAUCUUUCCUCGUGUAGAAAUCCAGAGUUGAAAACUGAAUUUAGACAGUCAUACGAGCAAAACAUUUUUUUAUAGCAAGAUAUAUCAAAGCUGGUUAGGUAUCCAAAGCAGUUACUGCUUGAUGAGACAUAGCUUCAGCAAUAGUAGUGAAAAUACACGCCUAGUGCUUUGUUAAAACAUCUUUGAUUCUGUUUAAAAUUAGAUCUGUAUAAAAAAAAAAUCCCUCAUUGCAACUGUUAGGCUGUUUCCUGUCUAACACAGAAGUUAAUCCAAUUUUUAGAUAGGUCUUGGCAAGGAACAACUGCCCAUAGCACUGUAGUGAAUUGCUCUUUUAAAAAAUCAGUCUUUUGGAGCCACUGAGUUUGGAUUAAUGGUCUUGCUUUGAGUUUAUUCUUAAUUAUAUAGGGGUUUACCAGUGUAUGUCCUAAUGCAUUUUUUAAAAAUCCACAUAAACCUGACACGUGUAAUUCGCCCCUUUAAGGCUAGAAUACAGUAUGUGUGAAUUUGCAGAAGGCUGUGAAUUGAUGUGAGCUUGUUUUUUUCAUUCUAAAAUGUUAUAUUUAACUAUGGGUGCCUUUCUUUUGUGUACAGACAGUUCACGCUUUUGUCUACUCUUGAGGUAUGUAUUAAUCAACCUUUUGUCUUGCCUUAUCCAUCCUACAAUCAUUAUUCAGGGAUAAUCUUAAACUUAAAUGUUUACUGUGACUUUGGUAUCAUAUUUUGUAAUAAAACGAAGGGCUUCGUCUUUCCUAUAUCAACUUCUCUGAAUUGUCCUUUGGGGACAAUCAGAUGCAAGGCAAUUUCCUAGGCGCUGAUAGCACAAAUAAUAACCAGUUUAAAAAUCUUUUCUGACUUCCAGUUAGGGGAAUUCUUGAGAGUUUUUCCCCCCUGCGGUUGGAUUACUUACACAGCCGUGUUUUCGGUGUGGUGUGCCACAUUCUAAAGGCCACGCUUUACAUUUUGAUAGUAUAUUUUGUGCAAAGUUGAGCUGUUUCUGAGAUGAGGGCUACAUUGGUUUCCAGGUCUUAAGUAAAAGUAAGACAGACUUAACCAUUAAAAGCCACAGAGUUCAGCUUUGGAGGCAGUUUCUUUUAAGAGCUUACCUAUGAACACACCUGGAAGCAGUUAACAUCUGGAAUCCGUUAUUUUACCAUUUUUAAAUAAGAUGUUGCCUUUUGCCAAGAAUCUGAGUUUUGUCAGUGGAAAACGGCUGUCUGGUGACAAGGGGAAAGGCAUCUUAAGCUUGAUGGUCAGUUGGGCCUUAUUUUAUCAUUAGAGCUAAUGCUAUAUUUAUCCUUUAGAAACCCUAAACUGGCCCAGGGACUUCUGAUACAUUUCUUGAAGAUUAGUCUUGCUAUGGGGAAGGGCCCAAACUCUAUGAAAUUCAGAAACAUCAUAAUGGCACAUAUGUACAUAUUUGAAUUCAUUUCUUUGCCAGUGGUUUCUGUGUAGCUGAAAUUUGGUGUGUCCGGUAACAUGACUUCUAACACUUUCUCUCCAGUAGUAGCACAAACCACUUUACAAAUACUUAAAACCUAAAUUAUGCUACCAGUCGCCUUUUAAAGUGGUUUUGAAAGAACAAGGUGCUAAUAUACUGUAUUUAUCAAAACUUAAUUUUAUUCUUUUUUCUGUUGUAGAAGCAUGUCUUGCUGAAUGUAAUAUACAGCUCUAUGUUUCUUUGAUACCAAAUAACAAGUAUCUUGUGGUAUAACAGGGCUCCGUACUGAGGGAAAUAAAUGUGGUGAUUAUCACAGGUUUUGAUAGCCAGAUAAAUCUUUAAUUGUCUAAUCCACCCAGUGGGUCGUGCAGUCGAUUUCUAUUGCUUUUAGGACGUGAUUAAUAUUUUUAUUCCUUUACCCUACCAUUGUACGCUUAUUCUAAUCAUCUUCUUUAGGACUGUAAUUGAUAUUUAAUAUCUAAACUCAUUUUUGUGGUUGCCACAUUCAUUGUAUAUCAGUCAGUCUUGGGUAGAUACAUUUAACAGUAAAAGCCAGCUCUAAUUCUGCUUCCUAGUCAGUCCUAAAAUAUAUAUAUAUAUAUAUUGUAUAGCACUUGCAUAUAUAACAUAAGUACAUCCUCUAAUCAUGUUUGACCAUAGUCACUUUUCCUGUACAUUGUUAGGAUUAACAAUCUUUUUUUUUUCUCAAUCCAGUGCAGAACUAUUACGUGUUCUUUAGCCCGGGGUCCCCAAUCUUUGCGGUUUGGUGGCCCAGCUGGGGGGGGAGAGGGGAACCGGGCCAGGUGACCGGCAGGCCGGCAUACGUGUGCAGCUCAACAUGUGUGCAAGUUGAGCUGCACACACAAAUUGAUCUGCGUGUUCACGUGCACACGUGCUAGCUCGCACAAAAGCUGUGUGCCUGCAUGCAUGCCAGCCCACCGCCCGCAUGACCCAGUAGCAAAUAAGUCACAGCCUGAUAGCAGGUCACAAGGGGAGGGGGGUUGGGAACCUCUGUUUUAGCCAUCUAAGCACUGCUUCUAUUUUUUUUUUUCCCCUGACCAAGCCACAAUGCUUUUCAAUCCAAUUGCCUUCGUUCCAGCCCAAUGCCCAGAUUGUUCUCUUCCAGGCACACUUGGAUAAAGGAAGGUGGGGAGGGGAAAGCAAAUUUGCAGACAGAGCAUUUGAUUGUAACGGUCCCGACCAGCCAGGAAGUGGGUCGUACACAGGACAAUCGUCUUUGAAUUUAUACUCCGUAUGUUUUGCACCAGUGAGUUGCACAGUUUGUCCUUUGUCCAAAGAAGCCUCUGUAAGGCGUAUAAUUCUGUGUACUUAGUCAUCUUGGCCAGGAACCAAGAGGAAAUUCGGUGUCUGUCAGCCCACAUGUAGACACAUCCACAUCAAGACGAUUUUGCAUGAGAAUUGUUUUCGUGUAAGCUCGGCAGAAGAAUGGUUUUGGAAAACAUGAGAAGGUUGGGUUGUGGUUUUUGUUUUUUGUUUAUUUUUAAUCUCACGAAACGGAAGCUACAAGGAGGAUGCUUCAGGUUUCGUAUUUUAUUAUGUCAGCCAACCUCAAAUUCAUAUAGUGACCAUUCAGAGUUGCAGUGGCACUGAAAAAAGUGACUUAAAGACCGUUUUUUCACACUUAUGACCAUUGCAGUCUCCCCGAAAUUCAGACCCUUGGCAACUUGACUCAUAUUAAUGAACAGUCCCAGCAUCCUGGGAUCAUGUGAUCACCUUUCGCAACCAUCUGACAACAGGGAAGCCAGAGUCACUUCACCAAGUUACUAACUUAACAACUGUGGCAAGAAAGGUCAUAAAAUGGGGCAAAACUCUCUUAACAAAUGGCUCGCUUAGCAACAGGAAUGUUGGGCUGAGUUGUGGCCGUAAGCCGAGGACUGCCUGUAGAAAGUUUCCAAUUUAAUAGAGAGCUUCUGAAAUAAGGGAAGCAGGAAUGCCAUCUGAGGCAGUAGGAACAAAUCUUAACCUCUUUCUCUGCUCUUGUAACGAAAAUGUAUUUCCCAUCGAAAAUGGUAACUGGGUGAAGUGCCCUCAGAUGCUGUUUUGAUGUUUUAUCAGUGGGGUCAUUUUUUUCCCAAAUUAAAGAAACUUCCAACCACAGGCUGAACGGUUAGCUAAGGCUUGGCUCGUUGCCCGUACUGUGCUGCAACUCGCUUGGAAAUUGUUGCAGUCCAGUUUAAACACACACACACACACACACACACACACACACACAGUGACCUCCUGGAGAUAAGCCAAAAAUUGUUUGGAAAUGUGGAGGAGGAGUAGACCUGGUUUCCAAAUUAAGUUUUUCCAUGACUGUUUGCUUAAACAUUGACAGCCUGUGUCUCCAGAAACAAAAUGCCGUCAGCAAAGUCCUUGUUUUUUUGCUGACUAUCUUUAGAGAAAGGGUUUGAUGGCUUAAGACAAUCUCUUGACAUCUGGUAACUCCUAGGCUAUUUUAUUUUGCUGGCCUCUUUGUUGAUAAUGGGAACAUUCAAACUUUCUCUUACGUAGUGUUAAAAGAUCUUGGCUGUAGUGAAGGCCUAUUAAACGUCCUGAAAGUUAAUGCGGUGUAUCUCUUUAGAAGCGCACGCUUAACCAUCAUGGCUCUCUGUACCUUAAAGCAGUAUUUUACAACCUCAGUAAGUUUAAGAGGGGUGGACUUCAACUGCCAGAAUUCCCUGGCCAACUUUUCACAAAGCUUCAGAUUGUGAAACAUUUAUUAGAUGGAAAUUGUUUACUAUCCCCAACUAAUGGUACUAUCACUAUGAUAGCAAUUAAUCAAAGGAAUAGCUUGUCUCUUGGAGUGGUGGAUGCUCUAUCACUGGAGAUUUUUGAAAAUAGACAAUCAUUUGACUGGGAUGGUAUAAGAUCUGCCUUAAGUGGCGGGUUAGACUAGAAGACCUCCUAAGUCCUUUCCAUUGACCUCUUGGACAGUCCUAUCAACCUCUGAGGUCCCAUUUGGAGAAACCUGGACCAACGAAAGACUUCCCUGAGUCUUCAAGCUCAAACAGCAUCCUUUGCAGCAUUCUGCAUCUUAUGAACUUGUAUGAAUAGUUGGGGGUAGGACAGGCGUGGGUUCAAGCUUUAAUUUCCCAAGUUCAACAGAGUCCAAAUUUUGUCAUCAAGCCAAAAUGGAUGUGCCGUAAAUGCUGUCGCUAUGUGGCAUUGUCUGUGCUUUUCAAUUGUUCUAUUUUAUACACGUUGAAAAGGGAAUCUGUGAUCUUUGUGGCCUCUUUUUUACAGCGAUAUUGUCUUUUCCUGAAAAUGUGCUAUUAAAAUACCGUGGUGUAAAAAUGUA